GCAUCUCAACAAUAUGACUAGCUGUUGAACAAUGGCAGGAAGUUUGUAUGCUGUUCAGUCUCUGGCACUUUGUGUUUGGUUCGGUGCUUUCUGUCAUGCUGUGCCAAAGUGGAGUAAUCUUCCCCAGAAUCCUCAAACUCUGAUGUUCCAGCAAACUGACCAGCGGUUUCAACAACCAGUUCAACAGCAAGCAAGUCAACAGUUUCCUCAGUCAGUUCAACAGCAAGCUAGUCAACGGUUUCCUCAGCCAGUUCAACAAGCUAGUCAACCGUUUCCUCAGUCAGUUCAACAGCAAGCUAGUCAAUGGUUUCCUCAGCCAGCUCAAGCUAGUCAACAGUUUCCCCAGUCAGUUCAACAGCAAGCUAGUCAACAGUUUCCUCAGCAGUUUCAGCCUAAGCAGCCAGUGGCACAGGCAGAGCCCCUUGACAAAUGUACUGUAGCUGAUUAUGAGCAGAUCCAAUGUGGACCACCUGGUAUCAGUGGUGCUGAGUGUGCAGCUAUCAACUGCUGCUUUAACGGACAGCAGUGUUACUAUGGGAAGGCAGUGACUGUCCAGUGUAUAAGAGAUGGUCAGUUUGUGGUAGUGGUGGCUAGAGAUGUUACGCUGCCUCGAUUGAGCCUGGAUUCAGUCCGUCUCCUGGGUGGAAAUGAUCCAGCUUGCAGUCCUGUGGGAUCCACACCUUUCUUUGCUAUAUAUCAGUUCCCUGUCACUGCAUGUGGCACAAGCAUGAUGGAGGACAGUGGAUAUGUGGUGUAUGAAAACAGAAUGACCUCCUCGUAUGAAGUGGGUAUGGGACCACUUGGUUCCAUCACAAGGGACAGCCAUUUUGAGCUUCUCUUCCAGUGUAGGUACUCUGGUACUUCUGUGGAAGCCCUGGUUGUGGAGGUCAACACUGUUCCUCCACCUCCACCAGUAGCUGCUCCUGGACCCCUCAGAGUGGAGCUUAGACUGGCAAAUGGUCAAUGUGUCACGAAAGGCUGUGCAGAAGGGGAUGAGGCGUACACGUCCUACUACAGUGAUGCUGAUUAUCCGGUCACAAAAGUCUUGCGGGAACCUGUGUAUGUUGAGGUGCACAUUUUGGAGAGGACCGACCCCAACAUUGUCUUGAUGCUGGGACAUUGCUGGGCGACAUCAACCCCUAGUCCACUCAGUCUACCCCAGUGGGACCUUCUGGUUGAUGGAUGCCCUUACCAGGAUGAUCGUUACCUGACCAUAUUGGUUCCAGUGGCUGGAUCAUCUGGUCUUCAGUUCCCAACCCACUACAAGCGCUUUGUUGUGAAGAUGUUCACAUUUGUAGAUCCAGCAUCACUGGCUCCUCUGCAGGAAACGGUCUUCAUCCAUUGCAGUACAGAGGUGUGCCAUCCCUCUUCUGGCUCUUGUCAGCAAAGUUGCUCCAGGCAAAGAAGGGACGUUCGUUUAAACGCUACCACUUCUGGCCAAACUGUGGUUUCUAGUGGAGAAGUGAGACUGAUUCUAUGAGUAUUUAAUAAAUGAUAUUAAACCUUAA